UGCUUUAUAGCCAACUUCGUGCUCGGGGGACUCGCCAAGUCCUACGGCAUCAUCAUGGAGGCCUUUCAGGACGAAUUCGACGCCCCAUCAGUCUACUUCACGCUGACCGGUGGCAUCCUCUACAUGAUAAUGUUCGUGCUAUAUGAGCGAAGAUUGAAGGUCUUUGACCACCACUGCCUGUGGACCAUCCUGCGAGUUAAGUGUACCGAUUUCAUCUCGCAUAAGACAGUCCGCACCCGCUGCGAUCGUAUCACGUGGAUGUCUCAGGCCAUUCAGGAAAGGUGA